AUGUCGGGAUAUUUGUACCUCUCCUUUCAGCGUCCGCCUCCAGCGGAAGUGAACGUGGAGGCAGCCCUUGUAUGCACUGGCUCGAGAGCUGCGAAGCAGACGAUCAACAUUUCACCGCUGCUGACCAACGAUCUCCGAGACGAGGCAUUUGUACCCGAAAGUCUUGCUGGAGCUCCGCGGCUGCACUUCGCUUGGGUGACCCUGAAUCAAGAAGCUGGACGAGAAUGGCAGGUAAAGGCGCUGGGAAGUGUCUGCAGCACCGCAUGGCUUGGGCCUGAGUCCGCCUGGAAGACCGUGAGCAUCGCUCUACCCGAGCUGGAGCGUUAUGACGGUGAUAUUUGGGUCCGACUUGCCCUUUGGGCAUCUACCGCGAGCAAGGAAGUCUUGAGCGCGGAGAACCUCACUCAGGUUGUGCAAGAUGCGCUUCGGGUGCCGAUUGAGGUACACACGUCAGCAAAUGGUCAGCCAAGGAUCAUUCCGGUGCUCAGUGGUCCCAUUCUACUGCGCAAAGCUUCCAUUCAAGCCGUUCAGAUUCACAAGCACGCGUCUCAGAAAGGUGCCUGGACCUCCACCCAGCAGCUCGCGAGCACGGCUAAGGAGAAUGUGAAGACAAAGUUAGACACUCUGACCCGCCUCUUCUCGUUAUGUCUACCCUAUGAAGACUCGGCGUGGAUGUGCAAGCCUUCCGCUGUGUCAACAAGCGCUUCUAAAGUUGAGCCGAGCGCAUCAACCAUCAUGAUCACGGAAAGGACUGGGUACGAGCUGGAUAAGGUGAGCGCUCCGAGCAGCUCUGCGACUUUAGCCGCAAAGUCCUCGUCAAAACUGCUCACGUCCGCGUCUACUCUUUCAGCAUCUGUGGGACGCAUCUCUGCAUCUCUCUCGUCUUCUGCGUCAUGUGAUGAAUCAGCGGGACAUCGACUCCCCAAAGGCGACAGAGCCGCUCCGCGACGGACGUCGCAAAUGGCAGAGGGUGGACAAAGAGACGGACACAAGCGCGAGCGACAAGAUCACACCUCCAGGACAGCUAGGCGCGCUUAAACAUCUUCGAACACUCCUACAACGCACGAGUCUUCGCGUCGUUGAGCUAGGUAUGCUUCAGGUCGUGCACUCACUCGCGUUGUGUGUGACUCACAGACCCUUGUUGCCAUUCAUGCAGGAGCCGGAACUGGGCUCCUCUCCAUCGCCUUGGCUGUCCUGCUCAUAGCGCGAGAUCGAGGGGCGCUCGAUAAGGCAAGGCUUGAUGCCAGGCCUCAGCCCCCGCUUGAAAACCGCGCCGAUAUUGAGACGCCUGGAACACCGCAGAAACUCCACAUGUAUGCCACGGAUUUGUGUGAGCAUCACUAAGCGAUGUCACUUCUCCUCAUCUGACACUAUGCUUUGCCCCUUCACAGCUUCCGCGCUGGAGCUGAUACAAAGCAACAUAGAUGACAAUAGGACGCUCCUUCAAGCGCAGCAAAGCUUCACACCUGAAUCCCUUCUUAUCGAGCCCUUGAUGCUAGACUGGGACGAACAAUUGCCAUCUCUGCUGCGAGAUGACCAGCCCGAUCUAGUGUUGGUAUCCGACUGCACUUACAACCCGGAAUCUUUCCCUUCACUCUGUCGCACAAUCCGAGAUCUUCUGACCCGACCGAGUGCACCUCGAGGAAAUGGGCCACAUGCGCCAGUCUGCCUUUUGUCAAAGAAGCAUCGCCACGCAGCAGAGGAAGCGCUUUGGGCAGCAAUGCAAAGCAACCACCUAUCUUGGACGCUCUUGUCUGGUGCGAAUGGGUUUGGCCAAGGCUUCAAUGCCAGCUUUGAUCCUCUAUCUACUAGCGACAUUGCGAUCGUCGCAACUGACACCGCGUCGGACGACAAGGAAUACGCCGGAUGGGGCAUCUGGCUUGUUCGCAUAGCCAGCCCAUGA